AUGCCUUCUUACAAGCAACUUCUCAAAGCAUCUGUAUCUCUAGGAUCCCUCGGGUCCAACAUACCAGAUUCGGUGUCUCUAACCGGCACUUCAGGCAAUCAACUCCUUGGAUACUUCUCAGGAUGGACGUCAAAACUCUCAUUGAGUACAAGUGAUUGUGACGGGUUUUCUUUUAAAUCCUUGCUUACCCCAUUGACGGUCUUCACCUCCACCCAAGAGCCUGUCACUUGUGACUGGGUCCAGAGUCAAGUAGAGACUUACAAGACUCAUGACGACGUAUACGAGGAGUCUUUCAUGAAGACUGUGUACCUACAAGGAGGAAGCUCUUACAAUAAUGACAUAUCAUCUUGUCUAGCGCAGGUCUAUGGGACCGAGCUCGUCUUCUUCGAUGAAGAAUCAUCCCAGAAAUAUGCUAUUGUUUGCAACGACACAAUUCCUAGGGGCCCAUAUAUUGCAUACAUGGCGGGUUCAGACAUCACUCUUGGGCCAGUAUAUCGCGUAUAUCAUGAUGAGCUGCAAGCAUUCAUGAAUGGGAUUCUUCCCAACGGCACCGAUGGAGCGUACCGCUACGCCGGCGUGAACACGAUGAGUGACGCGACCGUCGGCAUCCCCGUUCCCUCCCGCCUCUACUCGGCCAACACCACCACGGAGAGCCGGCCCUUUGAGGGUCUACGGGUGACCGUCAAGGAUAUUAUUGAUAUUAAGGGAAUCAAGACGACGAAUGGUAACCGUGCCUGGGCCAAGCUGUAUGAAGCUGCCAAUGCUACCGCCCCUGUUGUCCAGAGACUGGUCGACAUGGGCGCUACGUUAAUUGGCAAGACAAAGACGUCGCAGUUUGCCAAUUCAGACCGUGUCACCGCAGACUGGGUUGACUAUCACGACGCCUUCAACCCACGGGGAGACGGCUACCAAGACACGGGCGUAUCAUCCGCCGGUGCCGGUGCAGCAACCGCAGGAUACGACUGGGUCGACGUCUCCAUCUGCACCGACACUGGCGGUAGCAUACGCAUCCCUGCCUCCAAGCAGGGCGUCUUUGCCCUCAGGCCGUCCUUUGGCGCCACCUCCAACGACGGUGUCAUGCUCGAGGGCCAGUACUUUGACGCCGUCGGCUACCACACGCGCUCGCCGUACACGCUGCAGUCGUUUGGAAAGGCCUGGCUCGCCGACUCCAACCUCACGGACGGGUACACGGCGUUUCCGCGCAAGCUGAUCGUGCCCGGUAAUUUGUUCCCCGUGGCCAAGAAUGCCAGCCAGGCCGUCUACGGUGCGUGGAUAGACAAGCUGGCGGAUCAUCUCAAUGCGACUAUUGUCACCACCUCAAUCGGCGAGUUUUGGAACACGACGGCCAAUAAGCCCGGCACCGAGUUCUUUAGCUACAUGCAGAUGGUGGCCGCGAAUCUCAACUGGAAAAAUCAGGUUGAAAAGGUCAUUGAUCCCUUCAAGGCCGACUACGCGGCCAAGUUCGGCGGCCGGCAGCCUUUCAUCAACCCAUACCCGGCUGCAAGAUACGCGACUGUUAUAAAUACAACCGACGAAGAUGUGGAGGAGAGCUAUGAGCGACUAAUGUUCUUUAAGAAGUGGUUUGGUGAGAACGUUGUCAAGGCCUCAGAGGAAACGUGCAGCGAGAGUCUGUUCUUGAUCCCCAUGUUUGCCGGCGAAGAGUCAUACCGGAAUACGGUUUAUUCGCCGCCCAAUGUCAGUUCAUGGUCUGCUUUCCUGAUGUACUACUACAGCACUCAGUCACAAGGCCCAGAGACCGUGUUCCCUAUCGGCGAGGUUCCAUACUUCAGUAACAUCACAUAUAUGGAAGAGAAACUUCCAGUUAGUAUUGAUGUAUUGGCACACAAAGACUGCGAUCUCAUGCUACUUGAUCUUGCCAAGGAUCUCGCAGACUCUGGUUUGUUAGAGGAGGUCAAAACGGGAAGCACACUCUGGUGA